AUGAAGUUGGUAGAACCACAAGCUGGUUAUCGGGGUUUGGAUCUGUCCAAGACCCUCUCCCGCAAUGACUCAGACUCAGACUCAGUUAGUCUCCAGGAACAACCUCACCAGAACAUGAUCAACCAGGCCACAACACACUAUCGAAAGAACCAAUCUACUGACUACGGUUCAGGCCCGAGUGCUGAACCCCCAACUAAUACUCCCUCGACACCGAUCUCCCAGUCGCCGCAAAGUUCGUCCUGUAGUCCAUUCACCACCGGUUACUACAAUGGGGCCGGAAUUUCAGGAUCAGCUCCACCAAUCAGCAGCAGCCAGGGGCAAGUGUUUUUUCCGCAGACUCCUACCGGUUUGGGUCCUCCGACGACUCCACUCGGUGUGGGUGGUGGAAACUAUCGAGGUCGAGUGUUCUUUGGACAACCUACGCCCAGUCCCUCGGGAAGUAGCAGCCACAGCAGCCAGCACAGUGGCAACAGUCCCGCCGAUUCGAACCCGUCCUGCUCCUCGGCGGCACCGAUUUAUCACCAUUUCCCAACGACGUUCUCGUCUCCGGCCAGUGGAACCAACAGCAGCAGCAACAGCAAUCACAUCACAACGACAUCCCCUAGUAUCACAACCAUUGGAGCAGUAGCAGGAACUUCCGGAGGCACCGUUGUAACCUGGAGCAGUGGGGACGAUGGCAACGAGUCGAGCAGCAGCAGUAGCAGCAGCAGUGAUUCCUCUUCCACUGGAGGAGCAACCGGAGGCUGCAGUCCCCUCUGCCUUGGACAUCAAGUGAUGCACAAUCACCACAUGCAGCAUCUGCAGCACCCUCAGCAACACCUGGACAGUAUAGGUGGCUCACAGAUGGGUGCGGCCGGGGGAGGAGUAGGAACAGUAGGAGUAGGAUCAAGCGGCUCAGGGUUCAUUCCACCUCAUUUGGACUACAUGGCCGGUCGUGAACAGCUCCAGGAGUUCACCGGCAAGAUUCCUCAGCGAAAGAAGAAAUCCAAACCGAACAAAUCCAAGAAAACGAGAUUUCUGGAGCAGACACUCGUUUGGCCAACGCUAGCCGUAACUGCCACCCUAAUCGCCCUGGGCUGUGGAUUGCUGGCAGCGCGGUAGAAGCUAGAAGGAAGUACCUCCAGAGAUCCUUGUCCCAUCGAGAUUGGCAAACAAAAUUAAGAACAACAAGUCAGCUUCGAUCCCGAUACGCGCAAGUAGACGCGCAGACGACUCUCCUCUUUAUACGCAUCAGGCUGGUCCCGCAAAAGCAAACUCGUCGUACGCACGGCUGCCACGCCACUUAAAGAAAACGCAUCAAGGAAACGAGACCACGCGGAUGACACACGCACCAAGAGUCGAGGCGUGUAUUUCUUGCACCCCGGGAGUGAGGCGCACUUGAACCUGAACCUGUUUCUGUGUUCUGCAUGUUUGUGGUUUUGUUUUGAUUUGCCAGAAGGGGUGGAUCUCACGCUAUUAGAGCGAAUUUACCCAUAAUUUUUUUAAAGCUUCUUUCUUAUACUCUUUUACCACAUGUUAUUGUUGAUGAUGUUGAUGCGUAGACGAACGCCUCAAACUCCAGUAGCAGUAGCUCAACAUUUUCAGGACCGGAUGUUCGAGGGCCCCGGAGGGUCUCCUCACACAGGUUUAUUUUUCGCUGCAUUUUAAACACAGUUAGGAUAAUUGCUAGCUAAAUGAUCCGGUACGAGGCGCGAGUUUCUUCUGAAACAGCCAGUAGAAUAAGACCAUACAUAUUUUUAAACGAAAUUGUCUACCCAAGUUUUUAAUCCCUUCGGCGGAUUGUGAUCUCCAGUUUUUUUUAUGUUUUUUUAUUCUCUUAAAUCAAUCCAUUGAUUAGAAGAAAGUAUAAUCGACCAAACUCAUCGUUAGCUAAAAUUUAGCGUAGAAUGGAGGAAAAAGAUGUUUUUAACCCAAAGUGAAUGUGAUUAAUUUUUUUUUUUGUUCUUAAAAAUAUUCUACUCAGCAUUGGAUUUCUAAGCAUUACGUACGAAAUUAUUCGUAGCUUUCUUUUUAUUUUUGCUUUAAGUGUAAAUGUCUAAAAGAUUUCUCUUACAUACAUAUAAAACUUUAAAUAAGGCAAGUGUUUAGCAGAAUUUGAAACGUCCAACGAAAUUGGAACUGCACGAGAAGCCAUAAUCUUACAUAAGUUCUCUCCAUGGAAAGGGUUAUUAGUUUAGUGUUUUCUUUUUAAAAAAUCUCAUUGUUGUUGUCAUA